AUGGCGGUGCGUCAGUGGACAAGACAAGAAAAGUUCAAGCGCGGUGUUUGGGCCGUUGCCUUCGCAGCGUGCAUUUUUGCCGGCACCAUCACAGGCGCACAACUAAAGACGGAUAAUGAGAAGAAAGAGGCUAUUCAAGAGUUCCGGGCGACAUCCCCCAACGAACAAAUAGCUGCCCUCCUAUCCCAACGAAAAUCUCUGGUAUCACAAAAGGCUGUUCUCCAAAGAAAAAUGGACGCCUUCGAAGUCCGUGUCAAGGAACGCGAGGCUGAGAAGGCAAGAAAAGAGGAAAGCCCAUGA